AUGGGCGAGGCGGAGGUGCGUUUCCUGACUGCGGAGGGCAACACUGUGUCCACACGCCCGUUGGCACCAGCCGGCCAGCAGCUUAAGGCUUGGAGCAUCGAGCAGGUGUGGGAGGCGGCGCUGGGCGAGCCUCUCGAGCCUCGACCGAGUCGGUCGGCUUCGGAGACCGCUGAGACGCCGGCAGCUGGCGACAGACUUUGGGCGCAAGCGAUCGCAGAGGUGUGGGAGGACCUGGGAAGUCGACCCGGUUACGGCUACAUGCAGGACAUGUGCAUCAGUGGCUUGCAGCAAGGCUCCCGCACGGAGGGGGGCUGUGGCCCGGGUCCCGAAGGUGCCGAGGCGGUGGACGUUUUAGGUGCCUGGAUGCGGAACUGGUUGCAGUCGGUGCUCGGAGAGGCCACCAGGCUGGCACGAUACCGUCUAUCAACGGCGAGGACAUCGAAGAAGUCUGAUGUGCUCCAGAUCACAGCUGCAGACAUUCAGUUGGCAGUCACGAUGCGGCUUCGACAAGGUUUGGAUGGCGCACACUUCGCUGAGCUGCAAAGGACUCUCUGCGCAGCGUUGCCUGCCCCCAAGGCCUCCCGCGGUUCCGUCUCCAGCGCUGCCAUGAGGCAUGUCCUCGGGCGGCACAUUCGUGCCUGUGGGCACCGGGCUUUCAGCACAGAGAAAGCCAAAGUCAUGAUUUUGGGAACUGGUUGGGCAAGCUUUCGUGUCCUUGCUGACAUAGACACCAAGAAGACAGACGUCACGGUCGUUUCUCCUCGAAACCAUCUGCUGUUCACGCCAAUGUUGGCAUCUUCCGCACUGGGGACGGUGAAUCAAAGAUCGAUUUGCCAACCUGUGCGUCCGCUGGUGGCGAAAAAGAACGCCACCUACUAUGAAAGUGCUGUUGUUGCGAUUGACAAGGCGACGAAGAAAGUCACAUGCAGAACGGUGGGAGGGGAAGAGUACAUGCUUCCCUACGACAAACUGGUGGUGGGAGUGGGCUUCCAGCCGAACGACUUCAACAUUCCAGGUGUGAAGGAGCACGCUCUUUUCAUGAAGGAGACGGCAGAUGCUACGCGAUUCAAAGACCAUGUCUUGGAGAAGCUGGAGGAAGCCUCCUACCACCACGCGUUGGACAACGAUCUCUCUGUGAGUGACGAGGAGCGGGCGAGGAUCCAGGACUUGCUGACCUUCGUUGUGGUAGGAGGUGGCCCGACGGGAGUUGAGCUCGCUGGGGAACUAACAGACUUCCUCUACAACGAGGGUGCGAAGCUCUACGGUCACUUGAAGCACUCAAUCCGUGUUCACAUGUUCACCUAUGACCUCCUAAACACCUUCGACCAAGACUUACAGGAUUAUGCCCUGACCCACCUGCAGAGAAAGCAGGGGGUUCAAAUUCAUCUUGGUGCAUUUGUUCAGAAAGUGGAGCCCAACGUAGUGCACGUCAAGACGGGAGAGAGCCUGAUGUCGAUUCGCUAUGGCACACUGGUGUGGUGUGCCGGCAUCAAGCCUCACCCAUUCGUGAAGUCUUUUGGCUUUACGAUGAAUGACAGAGGAUCUCAGAUCCUGGUAGACCCUUACUUGAAAGUGAAGGGGGAAGACGACAUCUAUGCCAUCGGCGAUUGUUCCACCAUAGAAGAUUACUGGCUUCCGCAAACAGCGCAAGUUGCCAAUCAACAGGGGCAGUAUCUGGCCAAAGUGCUGAGUCAGAAAGACCCCUUGAAUAUUAAGCCGUUCGAGUUCCACAACAAGGGGACGAUGGCGUACCUCGGCGGCUUUACGGCUGUCAUGGCCAAGCUCCCGGGUGUGAACCGGGUGACUGGCUUUGUUGCGUUUCUUGGCUGGCGGUUCACCUACUGGUUCCUCCAGCUGUCGAUGCGAAAUCGUUUCAUGCUGUCCACCGACUGGCUUCGAACUUUGAUUUUCGGCCGUGAUCUCACAAGUAUUUGGAGAGCAAGGCCGGCAAUGAGAGCAGAGGGCGAGCGUCGACUGAUUAACGAAGGAUCCUCUGGCCCGAGCUCGCCGAGCUCCUUUUCCAGAGAGGAAGAUCCAUCUCCGAGCCGGGAAUAUCUGGCACAACCGGAAGUUGAUAUGCACGCCUCUGCCAGUGCAUUUAUCACAGAGCCGGAGCUGUCAAGUUGGGAGGAUUCAUCAUACUGGAUAUCUAUGGUCAAGCAGAGCAUCUCUUCCAGUAUAUCGGAACGUGAGACGCUGAUCACCGAACUGAAGCAGGUUCUGCAGGCGGCAGUCCGAGAGCGGGGAGAGUGGCAAAAGAAGGUCAAGGCGAUGCGGCGUCCGAAGCUUGGUUUCCGCAUCCCUCCGGAGCCGGGCCACUGGCAUGCCCGAAUCUCAGCCGAGCGAGUCGAAGCCUUGCAACGCGAAAUCACGCUGCUGGAAAUGAGGCAAAGGGGAGAGCAGCGCGACAUGUGCCAGCUCCAGGCGAGGCAAAGCAAGAGGAGUGUGGGAGCAGAGGCUAGCCGUUCUUUUCGCAGCCGCCAGAGCUCCGGCCCGGAGCACAGAGAAACGUGCAUAGGGGUGCAACCGGUGCAGUCAGUCUCCCCGACAAAACCCUUUCGGCUUGUGCAGAUGCUUGCCAAUCCAUGUCCUGGUCCUACCUGUCUUCCUGUCGUGUCGCAGCACCACCACCGACACCGCCAGCACGACCAAUCACAAGUCCACACCCAAGCGCACCACGGUCCGCCGGCGGUCAAUGGCACCUCAUCCAUUCAAAUGAAAUGCCCUCAGGCAGUGUACAUGUUCUGCAGCUGCAGCAUUGCUACAUCAGCAAGCAGGUCUACCACAAGGGGUUGGCGGUGGGGUCUUAUAUUCUUUCGCGGCAGCGCUCGUGUGAAGCACUUCGUCGCUCAUUCUCCUGGUGUCGCAUAUGUGAGGGUCCAGACCGACGUCGACGGACAGGAGAGAACUUGGACGGGUUGGCUUCAAGGGUAG